AUGGAUGCCCCAUCCCACCGACCGGAGCGGCUACGUUCAUCCUCAAGACAGAAUCAACGUCCUCCUUCGUCCGGAUCAGACACAUCCACGGGCUCCAAUCUCACUUCUAUAUCGAUGCCUAAACGUCCUGCCCAUGCCGCUAACCAGGCGAACCUACCGUCCUACAUUGCCUCGAAUAUAGCAACCGCGAACAGUAGCCAAACGUCUCUUCCCAACUAUUCCCGACCGGCUACACAGUUCAUGCCUCAUAGUGACCAGCCAACAAGGAAAGGAUCUCCACUUGGAUCACCCUUUGGUCACUCGAGGCACCAAAGACAGCACUCUCAAGGAUAUUUCGAGCCAUCCAUGCCCUCAACUUCUCUUGCCGAUCAUUCGAGCAUGGCGAGCCUUUCAGCUUCACAGAUCGCUGCUCAAGCAGCCAUGCAGCAUCUUUCGAUGUCGUCGCAUUCAAGGAAACGUUCGCAGACAGCACCAAUCCCUCCAGAAAUGACUCCACAAGAAGGCCGCAAAGUUAGCAAAAGCACACCGCCACCAUCGAAUAAUGGCUCCGAUGCAGCGUUAACGCAUGCACGAGCUACUGAACCGCAGUAUAAAAAUGGGCUUAUUGGAAACACAGCGGCUGCCACUGCAGCAAACGCCGCCUUUCCAAGAAGCCUGAUGUCAGCAGAUGGGCCAGAGAAGGAACAGAAGAAGGGUUCGAAGAUGAGAAUGUUCAAGCCGAAGCACAUUGGCAUCACCAGAGACAAGGACAAGGAGGCUAAGGAUAGACCGCUUGCCUCGCCGAAUAAACUACCCAUUGGCUCAAGUGCACUAUCAAGGGUUGUCAAUGCUUCAACCACCAGCCUUGCUGAUUCGCUCUCUUCUAGCCACAGCAUGUACUCUCUGAACAACGCAUCGUCCUCAACAAUGAUCCAAGUGCCUUCGUCAGACCGUCAAACAAGCUACGAGAAGGAGAAACCACACAAGCAUACAGGUCUGCGGCAGAAGCUGAAAUUGAAGGACAAAGAUGACCACCACAAUCUUCCCCUAAGUUCCGUGAAUAGUAAUUCCAAACCGUUGGAUAUCGACAAUCCUUCGUCGCUCUAUUCCUUCGAGCCAUCCUCGCCGGGCUUGAGUUCGAACUUCUCCAAGUCAGUCUCUGGACUUGAUCUCCGCCAUGCAGGCCGUGCACUUCGCGAAAAGAAGCGGGAAGCCAAGGCCCUGGCCAGUAAUUCGACGCUUGAAGCGACCAAGUCGAGGGAAAGCGAAGGCUCUGAGUGGGCUCUCUCCAACCUGCCCACUCUUAGUACGUCACUACCGCAGCAUUCGACUCUAGGCACUUCUGGGGCAAUGACACCUGUCGCUGUUGAUCCAGCAUUGCGGGACAUACUCGGAACUUUUGGGCUCAACAACAUGACCCCAGAUGACGCCUGGGAUUUUCUGAAGGCCAAGAUAUUGGUAGUUUUUGAGGGCGAAGACGUUAGGGUGGCUGUCGAGGAUCUCAACAAGCUCGUUACCAUAUAUAUACAAAGAUGUGUUCAGCGACAUCAACCUACCACCAUUACCGAAGAUUUGGAUGAUCUCUUUCAGACUGGUUUUCUCUCUCUUAACCACACCAUUCGAUCGGUGCCAGACGAUCGACUCGUGCCGCAUCUUGUAUCUUUGUGGCUGAUAGUCUUUCAGACGGUCUUGCCAUUCAUGCAAGCAGUGUUCUUUCCUCUUGAUCAGGAAUUCAAGGGCCGUGGCACCGUGCUUACCACACGAGCUGCAGCCGCUGACUUUUGGGGAGCAUUGACAACCUCAGAGUCAUCACAUCUCUCUACAUCUCCUCCCAGCGGAGCGAAUGGUCUGGUAGUAGCUGGAGAUGAGUUGGAAGUACGUCGUAUGCUGCUUAUCUCGUUUCGGGAUACAGUGAUAUUACCCAGAUAUGAGGUGCUGAAGGCCACGUUCUCUCGACUAUCCUUAGAGUCUAUCAAUGCUAGCCUCUCCAACACCUCUUCCUUUGACAACAGCGCCAACACCAACGAACGUCCAUCAACGGCCCAAUCCCUCGAUCCUAACCUUUCAUCCUUCAAUUCUCAGUCUUCGACGCUGCUUGGCAGCUCUUCUGCUGGCCGCUCACGUGCCACCUCCAAUACCUCAAAUCCUGCACAAGAUAUCGCGUUCCAGUCGCUGGCAUCACCACCUGCCGCAAGACCGACUGACAGUUCGUCAUCACAUGUCACGGAAACGGUAGGGCGGAUGCUGCAGUGUCUUUCUGUGCUUGCAAGUGUACAGUCCAACGAUGAGGCGCAGGCAAAGAUGGAAGAACUGAGCAAGGAGCUGAAGCUGAACUGGCUGGGUCGUGGAAGGACAGGUCGCAACCGUCGUGGUUUCGUAGGGACACGAGUGAGAAAUCCAAGGACGAGCUCGUAUAGACGAGAUGCAGAAGGUAGUCCGACACCGACGCCAACCAGGGCAUCGACCAUUGAUAUGGAUGAAAGGGGUGGCCUCAGCAUGCCUGGGGCUUUUGGCGGAGGUCUCGGUAGGAGUAUGCUUUGA